AUGAGCACAAUCACCGAGGCCACCACCACCAGCUCUGGGACCACCAUGAGUCCUGGGACCACCACUACCACACCUGGGACCACCAUCCCUGAGAUCAGCACCACCACCCCUGGGACCACCACUCCCAUGCCUGAGGCGACCACACCCCCUGCCACAACCUCGGUCAUCCCUGAAUUCACCACCCCGUCUGGGACCACCGGGACAUUCCCUGGGACCACCUCAGCACCUGGGACAAACGCCACUUUCGAGACAACAACUUUCCCUGGGACCACCACCACAGUCCACAUGACCACUGACACCACCCUUGGGGCCACCAGCAGUCCUGGGACCACCACAGUCCCUGGAACCAUCACUGGUCCUGGGACUACCACCAGCCCUGGGACCACCACAAUCCCCAAGACUACUGACACCACCCUUGGGGCCACCAGCAGUCCUGGGACCACCACAAUCCCUGGAACCAUUACUGGUCCAGGGACCACCACUGGCCCUGGAAUCCCCACUGGCCCUGGGACCACCACAACCACCCCUGUGACCACCACCAGCACACCUGUGACCACCACCAGCACACCUGUGACCAACACCACCACACCUGUGACCAACAGCACCACACCUAGGGCCACUACCAGCACACCUGUGACCACCACCAGCACACCUGUGACUAACACCAGCACACCUGUGACCACCACCAGCACACCUGUGACCAACACCACCACACCUACACCCACCACCAGCACCCCUAGGCCCACCACCACCACCACCACCACCAGAACAACCACCACCACCACCACUCCAGGCACCUGUGACAACGGCGGCACCUGGGCCAAUGGCCAGUGCCAGUGUCUGCCCGGCUUCACCGGGGCCACCUGCAGUGACAUCAGCAACACCAUCGAAACCAACGCCGAGACCAACGGGACGGUGCAGGUGGUGCUGCGGGUCUCCAACCGGGAAUUCACCCAGGACCUGGAGAACGCCUCCUCCCCCACCUACAAAGAGUUCGUCCAGAACUUCAUCAAGCAGAUGGACGUGGUCUACGCCGGAAUCGAGGGCUACAAGGGCAUCGAGGUGCAGCGCCUCAGGCCUGGCAGCGUGGUGGUGGACCACACCGUCAUCGUGUCCCUGAUGGUGACCUCGCAGAGCCAGGAGAAGCUUCAGAACAUCACGAACAACGUGCAGGAGAAGAUCACGGCGGCGGCGACGCAGCUCAACUGCACCAACGGCCAGCUGUGCUUCAACUCCUCCGAAGUGGUGGUCAACAGCCCGGUGCUGGAAUUCGAUGAAGACGCCUACUGCCGGAGCCAAGUGCCCAAUGGCUACCAGGAAUUCUUCUUCCCCAACCUGACGAGCUCCGGGUUGUCCUGCAUGUCCAACUGCACGCCGGGCACCGCCAGCACCAUCGACUGCAACCGGGGCACGUGCCACAUCACCCGCAGAGGGCCUCAGUGCUUCUGCGACGAGACCCAUCUGUACUGGUACCAGGACGAGCGCUGCACGUCACGGGUCAGCAAAGUGGCCGUGGGCCUGGGCCUGGCCGUGGCCGUGCUGGUCACCGUGGUCGCCGUCCUCUCCAUCUUCCUUUUCCGAGCUCGGAGAUCCGGGUCCCACAACAUGGCCGAGCAGAAGAUGGUGGAGAACUGGUACCAGGACACCAGCGAGGAGUGGAGCCCCCAGGGAAUCUUCACCUUCCGGAACCAAGGUGCCCAGCUGGAGGACGACCACGCGGUCGGCCUGGAGGCCGUGGAGACAUCGGUGCCGAUCCGAAUCCCCCGGCCGCAGUUCUGA